AUACGAAGAAAGUGGUACAUCCAAUCAGAAGAGUCGAAUGGUUCUCACCCCGCCUCCUUCUCUUGCGUCCAUCCAUCAUAAACAAACGUGCUGGUGCUUGACUGCUGAAAACAUUUCAAGGUUUGCCCGUACCUUCUUGGAGGAAGCAUGUCUUCAAACAGCAGUGUGACAACAGUACAGCUGGGCUCCGUUAGCCAAGCAGAGAAGCUGCCAGUUCACUUGCUACCCUGCGAGAUUGAGCACGACGGCCCAGCAGAAGUAUCCAGCUAUUUUACCGCUGCUAUCAAGGACCGCAAACAUGAAUUAACAGUAUCCUUUAGGGGUCGAGGAUUCAAAGGGCAGGAGGCGAACUGUCCCCAAGGCUACACAGGCCUUGUCCUGAAACAAGUGGAGAAACCAAGCUCGGAUCAAGAGGAUGGUGUUGUAAAAGUGUCCUCCGUGUUCCAUAACCUCACAUACUGGAACCUGGAGACCCCGCCCACUUCUGAUGACGGCGUUGUCAUGGCGAUGGGUUGGCCAGAGCUGGCAGAGGCUAUACAUGGUCCAGUAGAAGACUGAGGUGGCUGAAUAUGGUGAUGUGCACAUAAUCAAGUUUCAAGACGUAUUCUGUUUUAGAAUGGGGCUGAGCGGUGUAGUUGCCUUCUUAAAACGGCUGCUGUUAAUGAGAUCUUCUGCAUUUGUGUAUUUUUUUAUGUCAGAUUUGGUGUCUAGUAUUUUAUAUUUAAUACAAAAUGUUUCAUUAAACUCUCCCGUUUCUUA